AUGGUCGAGCUAUGUGAGCUCAAAUUAGUGGAUCAAAAUUUGGAAUCACAGUGGCCAGCUGACAUUGAUCAACAUAUCGCACAGCUCGAUUUUCAAAGGUCAACGGAUGAAGAGGAUACAAGCCUAUUCUCAAGCAUGGCACUGGAUCCUUCGAUCAUCUCAACCGAUAGCCUUGAUAUCGAGAAGCUUCAUGCUCGAUGCGAAGUAAAAAAAAAUGAUUACAAAUUAACGUUCGAAGAUAGCGGUCAAUGGACAAGUGGCAAUUUCACCACGUGGGGGCGCAUUCGAAGUACGGAACCAUUAGACGAAAAAACGAAUAGUUUGCCUGAAUUAAGCAACAAUCUGAAAGCAGCAGCAAGCGAACAGCAACGACCGUCAAGUUUGGUGGCGACUUUUGUUGAACGGCAGUCCGAUUAUGAUUAUUUAGAACUUUAUGUGGGCAAUGGGCGUUAUGUAGAUGUUAAUGAUAACGAAAUCGGUUUUGUAUCGCAAAGUACAGCAGCUGUGCAGCGGACGGACCGUUGGCGUGCCGCAAAUCGUCUACCACCAAACCCUCCAAUGAAGCCUCGACGAACAUUUGCGGACUUUCAAGCAAAUCGAGCGCCACAUCUCGACUUUAUGUUUCUGAACCACAAUGUGCCAAGUUUGUGCCAGUCAUCAAUGUCAGUGAGUGAAAUUAUGGAUAAAUUAAAAGAAGGAGUGUUAGAAGAUGAAAAAUUUGAUUUCUCAUUGCUUAAUGUUCUGGAGAAACGAGGUCCUGAUUCUGGAUUAGGUAGCAGUGCUACAGCUAGUAGUGGCCCGUCACAUAUUGAAGACUGGCCAUCUUUAGCUCUCCUUUUGCCCAAACAUGUUGCCGAGGCUUGUUCAUUUUUCAAAGCAAAUAGUCAGUUAUUAACAGGAUCAAAUAACAUCGAGCGGAUAAUACCACGUAGGAGCGAAGCAUGUCGAAUAUGUUUUAAUGUUAGAAAAAGACUCCGUCCGCCUGUUUGGGCUCAGCCUGCUAGAACGCGAUAUAUUCUUUGUGACUGCAUCUCGAGUGAGAUUGUUGAUCGAAAUGCUUCAGUUCAAGAUCAUUUUACGUCUUUUAGUCAACUGAGAUUACGAGCACAAGAAUUGAGCAUUAUUGGUCUACCCAUUUACAAUGCCAAGAGAAAACUCGUCGAAAAGGUUGUGGAAGGAGUAGCAGAAGUGGCACGAGGAGGUUCACCAGCAAAUCUCUGUUCCACACUCGAGAUGUUGCUUGCUGAUGGCCUAAAAAUUAAACAUCCUUGGGAUAUGAUUGUUACUGUCACGGCACCUGGUCCAGCAACGAAAAGUGUAUAUUCACUAGUGAAUGAGUUGGAUAAAAGCGAGAAGUCUUUAAAUUCUCGUGUUAAAGUAUUCUUCAAUGAACUAAUAAAAUCAGGAUCUAUUGAUUGCUGGAUGUGUUAUGUGGUGUUGAAAGAGAAUGUAUUGGCGAAAAUCUAUUGUAAUGGUGCUUUCAUGUUACGGGCAAGUACUGCAUAUCGAAGUCUGUUAUGGCGACUGUUAGAGAAUUUGGAGUUGAUCACACUUCUUGAGCGUCGGUCCUCGAGCAAUUCUUCAUCCCAGGAAUGGCCUAACAAAGUGCUCUUGGGGGCUUCACGUCUUGCUAGUGAUUCACGAGUGCCAAAGAGCUCCUCAAUGCCAUCCCGUUUGUCAAAUCAAAAACCAAAUAGCACUUACAAUGACAACAACCAUACUAAUUCAGCGCGUUUUGGCCGUUCGAACGAUGCACAAUUACUGAAACGAAGUCGGAUUCCACUUCUUAGUCAGCGUCCGAUGCGAACGAAAUCAAGCGUUGAAGUCUAUUCUAAUCUUUCAUCAAGAUCAUCAUCACGCGAAAGUGAAGUGACUUCAACUGGUGCAAUACCGCCAUCCCAUCAGUUGCAUUCGCCUGGUGGCAUCGAUCCGAGUUGCUGUUUAGUCGCAGCUAUUGAUGACUUCAAUGAACCCGGCAUGCUCGAAGUAUCACGAGGUGAAAGAUUGCGCAUUUUAACAACGAGAGGUCAGUUGGCCCGAUGCUGUCGCUUGCAACCGCGCCAUGACCGUGUCUUACAAGGUUUAGUACCAACUUCGAAUCUCACUGUUAACGGUUUCUAG